AUGAAAUAAGUAGCUCCAAAAAAUGAGUAUUCAAUAUUAAAAAAAGUAAAAAUACUUCAUUCCCAUGGUCAAACUAAAGACUCUAACCUUCCUUUGACAAGAACUACUAGUUAUGAAUCUAAUCAAUUUUAUCGUAGUUUGGAUAUCAUGUCUAAUAGAAGAGCAUCUACUAAAGAUGAGGUCAAUUAUUGUUCAGUAAAUAAAAACUACUUAAAUAAUGAUGAUGAAUAAUUAACGAUCAGUAAUAUAAUUUAGAUCAAGUAACAAUCUAUAUAUAAUAGAAGUCCAACUCUCUAUAUUGAAAUGGAUGAACUAUAAAUCAAAGUCUGGAGAUCCUUAAAGAAACAAUAAUUGGUAAGAAAUACCUAUAUGAAAGCAAUAAGUUUAUUCAGUGGCCAUCAUUGUAUUGAAAAAUUAAAAUGAAUUUGAGUUCUCAUAUGAUAUCAGCAUGCUUUCAUGUUUUCUUAGAGUUAAAGAAUUAAGUAUUCUCAUAAAUGAAACUUAUGCAGAUCAAAAUAAUAAUUAAAAGAAAUUAUAAAUUCCAUAUUUGUCAAUCUUGAUCGGAAGAGUUAAAACUUAAAAAUUAGAUGCCAAUAUGAGACUCUUUGAACUUGUUCAUAUCUUAAUCAAUGGAUAAAAGACUCUUAUUUUAUAAGAAUCCUCUUUCCAAUUUUAAUGA